UGAUAUUCCAAAGUCGAAGACGCGUCUAUGAGUCUUCUCUCGUGGAUAAUUAUUACGUCAGAAGUUAAUUAAUUGGAUCUACUACUACAAAAGUACCGAUGGAGUGCAAAGUGGUACUGGUGGGAGACAGCAAAUGCGGCAAAAGUGCUCUCACUCACAGAUUCUCCAACGAUAAUUUCCUUCGGGUGUAUACUCCAACUGACUUCGAAAGGUGCUCCGUGGAUCAUACAGUUGGUGACAUACGAGUGUUAUAUACUUUGUGGGAUACUUCAGGUGCAAUUGCUUACGAUCAAGUUCGACCUUUGUGUUACCAAGAUGCUCGAGCAUUCCUACUUUGUUUCGACGUCACCUCACAAGUUUCUCUACACAACGCUUUAAAAAAGUGGUAUCCAGAAAUUAGGACACACAGCGAAGCUCCUGUAGUGCUAUGUGGUUGUCGCAGCGACUUGAGGAAUGAAGUCAGGCAUCCAGUCACAUAUGAACAGGCUGUCGCAGUAUCAAGGCAAAUAGGAGCGACAGGUUACAUUGAAACAUCUGCCAAAAAUGAGGAAGGCAUCAAUGAUGCGUUCGAACUUUGUGGUUUAGCUGUUUUCGGCGGAAAGUCCAGAUUUUCUAGUCUAGUUCGACGACAUGCGCCUCACCUGAAGCGCCAUAUCCACUCUUCGACGCAACACAGGUCAUGUAACGUCAUGUGAUGUCAUCUGAGUGUGUGUAUUAAUAUAAAUACGUUGCCAAUAAACAUUUUUUAAAAAUCGCAGCCGUGAAGUCUACGCUGUGUAGACUGGCGAGUCGUGCGAUGACCUUUUAUCCUGUUGACAGCUAUGGAUUUGGGAAGCAGGUUGCUUGGAGUGAAAUUGAGUCGUGUUUGUUGUUCUAAAAAAGAGAAAGUUCUUAGAGCGAAGCCGUGAGCCGAAAUCUAUUCUUCUAGCAUCGAAGGAAAAAAAAUGGUUUCGAAAGUUUUUUUCCAAGAUGCUAAAAAUGUUAUCAUUGAAAGGGGAAAUAAACGAGCUUUACACGCAAUUUCUUUAAAUUUAUCCAAUUUCAUUUUUUAUUUGUUUUAUUUUUAUCUUAAAACAUGGGUGUAAAAUAGAUCAUUUUUUAUAUUUUUAAAAAAGAAAGUUCAUGGAACUAGAUUCUGCAUGGAAAAGAAAGCAAUUGCUUGUAAUAAUGGUCGUUCUAGAGUUUCAACCAUACUUGGAAAAAAAAAUGGUGAAAGUUAUUGCUAUGAAAUUACUUGAGCAAUAACUAUUAUAAAAAGUAUGGAACCUAACCUAAGCUGGCUUGAGUUUGUUAUCCAUGAUUUCAAGAAAAGUUUGUGAAAAUGCUUGUUAAAUAUGUUUUACAUUUCUUCAACGACACAUUCACAUUGAGAAUGCGAUUGUUUCGGUAGACAUUUAUGAAUGUUGGGGUUUGUUGCUAUUGCUAGUAAUGCAUUGCUUUUUAAAUCUUCAUUGACGGUCACGUGUUUACACGUUAAUUGAAAGUAUAGUCCGUUUUUCACGAGAAGGCACUUCGCCACGCCUCCUCGAACGCAGAGUUCCAUUCUACGCGGGGUUGAUCGCUAAGCAAUCCACGCGCUUCUAAAGGAGACAAAACCAUUCAAUCUUAACUUGGGCAUGCAUUUUAAUGUGCAAAAAAGUCUUAGUGUCUUUUACAUCACUUGCUUCACUUUCUGUUGUCAUGUUAGUUAUUCUUACAUUAUAAAAACUGCUGUUUUUACAACAAAAUGCUAUGAUCCGAUAUACCUUCUGCCGAAAACAGCGAAAUAGAAUCAUCGGAUUACCACGUGACGAGGGAGGAGUCAAUUGCCUUCUCGUAGAAAACGGACAAUAAAAAGAAUACAUUGACAAAUGCAUAAAGUAAAAUUCAAUCUUUUAAUGUGUUCAGUUGUAAGUGUAAGGCUUUUUGAUAGUUUUUUAACAUUAUUUGCUGAAGACAAUCAAACCGUUUAGUUUCAAUGUUAUGUGUUUUUUUUUUUAUUCUAUUGAUAUUUUAUGUGUCAGAAAUGUCUAAGUGUCAUGUAAAGCUUGCAUAUUGCAAUCAGGCGAGCCCCGAACUAAAUUUUUUUGGAGAGGGAAAAUGGAAAAUUAUUAAUUUGCUGAACGAAGUAGAAAUUUUACCGAAUGAUAAAAUAUGAGCAAGCACCACAUAUCAUGCUUAACAUCUAAUGAGAAGGAGCAUUUGGCUUCAUUAAAAAAUUAUUUAAAAAAAUAAGAAAGAAACAUUAUCAAUGUUGCAAUAUUAUCUUCCAAUUUGCCGAAUCAUCGGCAAAACUUUCCAACUAGGACGUUUUGGGAGGUGACAGUGACCUUUCAUUGCGGCGCCCCUGCUUACAAUAUAUACCUAGUCAUAAUUUCUCAUGUCACUACAUAAUGAUCAAAUUCUACGUUUCUAAAUUAAAUAUUUCAUGAGUUUAAAGCACUAGUGUUAAUUUUAAAUGGAAUCUCCCUCUUUUUUUUUUUUUUUCUGUGUUAAUGCUGUUAUAAACACUGGUCAACCUAUCAUGUAUGCAACUUUUUUUUAAAAAAAAUUUGUAUUCGAUUUUAAAAAGUAUAACGACAUUCAAUUUAAUCGCCCUUUUAUAUUGAAUCUGAGAUGCAAUAAAAGGGGCAUCUAAAAAUGCAGCGACAAAGAUCUUAGACCACUUCCCAAAAGAGCGCCCUCUUUUGCAGAACUUGGAAAUUAAAAAGAAUAUUUCUCCUACAAUUGAGGAUCAAUAGUUAGUUUUUUUCUUUUAAUAAAACCGACCCGACAGCUUUUUAAAUAUAAGUUACUUAUUCAUCUGUUUGUUUUCUUCUUUUAGAUCUUUUUUAUUAUAAUGAUUUUAAAACAAUCCCCAUGAAAAUUACACUUUUCAAGAAAUGUUCUGUUUUUUAGUAGUUAACAUUCUAUUUUGUCAUGGACGAUAGUUUCAUUUUAUUGAUUCAUGCA